AUGAUAAGGUUAGAUCUAAACUGUAUAUAUGACUGUAUAAAAGGCGCAACCGAUUCGGCUAAUCGACAAUUUCAGAUCUGCAAACUCCUCCUCCUGGUCGUCUUGGUGUCCACGGCCUUCGCUCACCACAGCGGAUAUCGCUGGCGUCAUGACGACGAUGACGAUGAUGAUAGGGAUCACCACCACGAUCAUGACGAUCAUGACGACGAUGACUACGACGACUUUGACGACGAUCAUGAUGACAAGGAUGACAGAGACAAAAGUAGAACAGUACUGAUUGGAGCUGCUGGUGAAAAUCGCAGCAGGAAGGUGAUGUGGAGUGGUAGAUCUAGCUAUCCUGGCUACAGACAUCCCCAAAGAGAGUCAGCACGUAGACCAGCCGUUCCUCCUCGAACCUACUUGUCUAGAAGGGGUGUCAUAACGCCCUCGCCUCGGGUUAGACCUGUGGCACUGCACAACAAACAACGGGCUAGCGAUCCACGCUACCGCGAGGGCCUCCAAGAAUUGCGCGAUCUCAUGUAA